CCCGCCCACACACCACAGCAAACACAUCACCCGACGCCGGGCCCGGAAUCAGAGAUGUCGGAUGAGCUGGUGAAGCAGCUGGCCAGCUACAAGGCUCAGCUACAGCAAGUAGAAGCUGCUUUAUCUACUGAUGCAGACAAUGGAGAUCUCCUGAAAUUACAGAAAGAUUUACAGGAGGUGAUCGAAUUGACUAAGGACUUGCUGUCUAACCAGCCCUCUGUUGCUACAGCCAAUGCAGACAGAUCGUCAAACUCCCUGCCCAGCCAUACAUGGAAGAUCGGAGACAAGUGCAUGGCCAUUUGGAGUGAGGAUGGACAAUUGUACGAAGCGGAGAUCGAAGAGAUUGACCAGGAGAACGGUACUGGAGCCAUCACCUUUGCUGGAUACGGGAACGCAGACGUUGUCCCUUUGGUCAACCUGAAACCUGUGGAAGAUGGAAAUGAUUCUGAGGAGCUGGGUAGCGACAAACCCAAAUCAAAAAAGGAAAUGGUUGCCCAGCAGAGAGAGUACAAGAAGAAGAAAGCGCUAAAAAAGGCUCAGAGAAUGAAGGAGCUUGAACAGGAGCGAGAGGAACAGAAAGUCAAAUGGCAGCAGUUUAACAACAGAGCCUAUUCCAAGAACAAAAAAGGACAGGUAAAGAAGAGCAUUUUUGCUUCACCGGAGAGUGUGACUGGCAAGGUUGGAGUUGGCACGUGUGGAAUAGCAGACAGACCAAUGACUCAGUACCAAGACACAUCCAAAUACAACGUCAGGCACCUUAUGCCCCAGUAACUAACAUCUGUAUAAUGUAUUUCCACGACUUGCAUUUCCUUUGUCAUUUUCUUUUGUUGUCAUUAGUGCAGUUUUGGGCAGAUUCACUUGGUGCAUUAGCACAAUGGAAGUCAGCUGUAUCUGUGUGUAUGUGUGUGUCUGUGUGGGUGAUAUUCAUAAGCGAGAGAGGUAAUUAAUGUGUAUAGUUAGUGUCCCAUUACUGAGGAAAGGUGAAGGAGGAUUUGAUAACAUGAGCUUCCUAUUUGAGGAAAAGUGUAAUUUUUACAAAAUGAACGUGGUGUUUUUUUUCUUCUGUUUUUGUAUGUAUAAUUGGGCAGUUUUAACAAAUUAAAAAUAAAA